AUGUUUCGAGCCAAUAAUUUUGAUAAGUUACUUGAUAAAGCGACUAGUAAUCUACGCUUGGAUCCCGAUUGGCCGACAAUUCUACAAAUAUGCGAUUUGAUUAGACAAAAUGAUUGUUCACCGAAAUAUGCAGUGGCAGCAGUUAAAAAGAAACUAUAUUCUCAGAAUCCCCAUCAAGCAAUGUUUGCACUCCUCACCCUGGAAAGUGUUGUAAAAAAUUGUGGGUCUGGAAUUCAUGAUGAAGUGACUUCAAAGGCCUUCUGCGAAAUGCUCCGUGAUCUGGUAAAGACUACACAGCAUGAAAAUCUUCGCAACAAAAUAUUGGAACUGAUACAAGCGUGGGCCUUCGCAUUUAGAAACUCUCCUAAAUAUAGAGCAGUUCAGGAUACCGUGAAUAUACUGAAGGCAGAAGGUUACAAAUUCCCGACACUCAAAGAGUCUGAUGCGAUGUUUUCUGCUGACACAGCACCAGAAUGGGCUGAUGGAGAAGUGUGUCAUAGGUGUCGCGUGCCAUUUUCUUUGAUGGUACGCCGUCAUCAUUGCCGAGCAUGUGGACAAGUAUUCUGUCAACAGUGUAGCUCCAAAACAUCUACUUUACCUAAAUUUGGCAUUGAGAAGGAGGUCCGUGUAUGUGAUGCCUGCUAUGACAAAGUUAGUAGGCCACCCGCAUCUUCUACUAAACUGGAGAUAGUCGAUACAUCUAAUGACUAUGGGCCUACACAGCCACAGGUAAGGACUCCAUAA